AUGGCCUCCCAUCUUGGCUCGUCGGUACGCUUGGUCGUGAUGGCCUUGCUGGCCUUCAUGUUGGCGAUCGCUUCUGCUCGACCAGCUUCCAUGCGGAUACUGCCGCGGUCUGGCCCCAAGCCUCCUAGCGAAGACCCGUUCUAUCAGCCGCCAGCUGGGUAUGAGUCUGAGGAACAUGGAGCCAUUCUGCGGCAGCGCGAGAUUAGCGUCGCUUUUCUGGGAUUGAUUCCAGAUCCUGUCAAGGCGUACCAAUUGUUGUACCGCACGACGGCUAUCAAUGGUACAGCAAUUGCUGGCGUGACGACGAUCUUCGUGCCCCUGGGUGCGAAGAAAGACCGUUUCUUGUCGUUCCACACGGCGUACGAUAGCUCGGCGACAAUUUGCAACCCGAGUUAUAAUUAUCAGCUGGGUGCUGCGCAGACCGACAUCAUCUCCUCGGCCGAGCAGUUGAUCCUCCAGGCCUACCUGCUUUUGGGCUACAUUGUCACCUCGCCUGACUACGAGGGCCCUGAUGCAGCCUUUGGACCGGGCCACUUGGAAGGAAUGGGUGUGUUGGAUAGUAUGCGAGCCGUGUCCAGCUUCGAGACGCUAGGUCUGACCAGUGCCAAACCCAUGAUCGUCGGUGCUGGGUACUCGGGUGGUGCAAUUGCAACGGGUUGGGCAGCUUCCCUGCAGCCCACUUAUGCCCCGGAGUUGGACAUCAAGGGCUGGGUCCAGGGCGGCACACCUGCCAACUUGACUGGUACCUUGGUCUUCAUUGAUAACACGCUCUUCAGCGGGUUCAUUCCGGCUGCUGUUGCGGGUAUCGCCAUGCCCAGUGCAUAUGGUGCCGAGCUGAACCCCAUUAUCAACAAAAUCUUGACGGCAAAGGGUGCACAAGCCCUGGCGACUGCACGAACAACUUGCGCAGUCGGAGAUUUGAUCGCCUUCCCCGAGAUGUCUCUGCUGUCCACUGAAAUCCAAAGCCUGGGUGACCGUCUUCUCUACGAGCCGACCGUCCAGCAGGUGCUGAGCAAGAACAUGCUGGGCGUCAACAAGACGGAGAUCCCCACUGCGCCGGUCUUUGUUUACCACGCGACGCAAGAUGAAGUCAUUCCAUACUCCAACGCGUCCACUAUGGUCAAUUCAUGGUGCAAUAACGGAGUCAGUGUCAAGUUCACCACCUUUGCCACUGGUGGUCACGCGACAACGGAGGUUGUCGCUCUACCGGACGCCAUCAACUUUGUCGAAGCUGCCUUUGCCGGUACGACGGCGAGCGGCUGUUCGACGAACACCGAGCUUGGCAGUAUUCUCAAUCCGAUUGCCCUGGGGGUUGAACUUGAGCCUAUCCUCACCAAAUUGAUUGAUGUGCUUGCGCACCUUGGUCAGGGUGAUUCGAAUGUCAAGCAGAACUUGGGUGUGCUCAAGAAGGUUGUCACCUGGUGA